GAGAACGACAGCUUCUCACCAGAAGAGGCCUCAAAGCCAGAAGAGGAACAGAAGCCGGAGGAAUUGCCAAAGCCUGAAGAGAAGAAACAGGAGGACACAGAGGGCACCAACAUGAAGCUCCUGGAUAUGGAGUCCAGGCUGGCGCAAUCGGAGGCUGCCAAGAACCAAAUACAGCAGGAAGAGCAAAUGAAGAACAACGCGCUCCAAGCCAAACUGUCCGAGAUGGAAUCAAAGCUGGCGCAAGUACAACAGGAAGAGCAAAUGAAGAACAACGCGCUCCAAGCCAAACUGUCCGAGAUGGAAUCAAAGCUGGCGCAAGUACUGCAGGAAGAGCAAAUGAAGAACAACGCGCUCCAAGCCAAACUGUCCGAGAUGGAAUCAAAGCUGGCGCAAGUACUGCAGGAGGGAAGGCCACAGGAGAACAACGAGCUGCAAACCAAACUGUCCGAGAUGGAAUCAAAGCUAUCACAAUUGGAGGCCGCCAAGAACCAAGCGCUGCAGGAAGAACAAAUGAAGAACAAGGAGCUCCAAGCCAGACUCUUUGAGAUGGAAUCAAGGUUCGCUGCUGGAGCCAUGGGAACGCAGGACGCUCCGGCCUUUGCGCCAACGCCGUUUUCGCCCAUCGAGGAGGGAGCAGCCACAGGUGUCGGCAAGGCUGGAGCCAUUCGCGAUUUGAUGGCCCAUUUGAUAAAGAGUCAGCACGACGUGGCCACCUGUUCUAAGGUGUGCAGGUCCUUGGAGGACAUCAGCUUCGACGAUGUGGAUGGCCAACAAGAAUUGAUUUCUUCUGGAGCUGUUGAAGUGAUCCUGUCCCUGCUUCGGGCGCACCAGGAGUGUGAUCCUUUGCUCUUGAAGCCCAUGAUGGACAGCUUUUGGAACCUGACCUACGAUGAACAGGCUGUGGAUCGAGCAACGGCCCAUGGUGCGGUGGAUUGUGUGACCACUAUCAUGGCGAAGCACACCAGCUGUGCUGAGCUCGAGGUUGGUUGUUGCGGAGUUCUGCUGAACCUGGCAGUGAUGGACAAGAACCGACGUCGAAUUGUGGAGAUUGGUGCUGGCCCUUUGGUGGCCAACGUCGUCCAGACCCAUGCUGCCUGUGAGCAGGUGGUGGAGAGCGCGUGCCAACUGCUGUACAUGCUGGCCUUCCAUGCAGAUUUAAGGCCCAUGAUGGCAGCGAGCACCACGCCAGUCGCUGAAAUCGCUUCAAGGUGCAGUCCCAAUUCAAAGAAGUGGGGCCAGUGGCUGUCGGAGGCACCAGCCGUGGCUUUAGGGUGCGAUUGUGGAGUGGUCUCCUUUGUCUGCCGCGCUGAAGUUCCCAAAGUUUGGAUGCCUCGCCGGGAAAGGGAAGGUCAAGACUUGGAAGUCUCGGUGUUAUCCCCUCAAAGGUUGCUUCGGAUCAACAACGAGCGCCAAUGUCAAUUUCCUUUCCGUGCGUGGCUCUCGUGUUCCGCUGCAAUGGACGAACCCUUGCGUUGGGGCUGUGAAGGAGCCUCCCUGUUGGUUGAAAAGUCUUCAUUCUGCAGAAGGGUCAUCGCUUCCCGCGUUGCAGAAGGACAUUACAAGUCAGGAACCCCCAUUUUCGAGGAUGUUGAGAAGUUUGAGGUGAAAAAUUUGGGAAAAGAUGCCGACCAUGCUCAAAGAAAGGACUUGAAGAUUGCAGGUCUUCCCUGCUUCGCCAUUUUUGGCACCAUCAACAACAGUUUUGCAAGCAUCUCAAAUGUCUACAUGUGGAUGCGAUCAAGAUUGCACAUGGAGGGGAUGAAGCUGAAUGGCAUCGACGCGUUGAAAUCGUGGCCAGAAUGCGCAUGGCACCCAGAGAGCCGGCCUCUGCUGUACCGCUGGCUUUCGAAGGAGACUUCCAAGGAGAAUCAGGAGUCAAAGGGCCAGCGACUGGUGUGGGCCAUUUUUUUUGCAAACAUGUUGCUGGAUGUUGACAUCUUGAGUGAUGAUGAAGGGCGGAAAACCAAUGCGAACUGCUUGCCUUCCCCCGUCUUAGUGCCAGACCGGCCACCAAAGAAACAGCAAGUGGCAAAACGAAGACCUGCAUGCAAAGCGAAGGUAAAGUUUGUCCCCAGCAAGGGCUUGGACACCAGAACACUCCGCUAUCGAGUAGAUGGAAUGUGUGGUUGUUUUGGUGAAUGCUACAAACCAUUCAGAGAGGAGGGCUUGUUUCUGUCUUUGGUGAAGAUCCAAAAAACUCUGAAGGCGAUGAGCAAACUCGAGCAGGUGUUCAACCUGGUGCGUGGACAAGACUCUGCGUGCAGGGGCGCUCGACACUUGCACCGCCUAAUCAUCAAGCGCCUUCCUCAAGGGCCAGGUCGCCUGGCACAGCUAGCACAGUACAAAGCUCAUCUCAGUAGACAAUACCGUGAUCGGCAGGUCUACUGGGGACAUCGGGCAAAGAGCAGGAAACUGCACUAUGGGCAUCUCCUGGACCAUGUUCACUUGAAGGGAAUAGGACUGGCCUUUGCGGACUUGGAUUCAAAGUUCUGGCGGACAAAACGGUGGAUGAGCGAUGCCAACUACCAGACGAAGGUCUUCUGGUACCUGCCUGCAUGUGUGGCCACGGAAGUAGGCCAAGAGCCCUUUGUCAUGGAGACGGCAGCCAAGUGCAUUGAAGACUUGGCCAACAAUGUCGUGGGGCGCUAUCCCUUGCUGGAUGUGGCUGCAGCAAAUGAUUUGCGACUUCUGGUUGACCGACCCCCUGCUGUCGAGCAAAGGCGGUAUCGUAGAGCUCGCAUGCGCAAUGGUUUGUACAAAGCAGCGGCAAACUUCUGGUGUGGCAUGUCGCCUAAGAAACGGAAGAGUGGAUCUGCUGAUGGUCCCAACUCUGGGAAAUCACAGAAAACAGCUUUGCCAUCAAUUCCUCCUGACUCUGCGAAACUACCUCACAUGGUUCUCUUCGAAGAGUGGACAGAAGUCCUGAAGCAAGAUGGAUCGUUUGAUCAGUACUUGACAAAGAGACUGGAAAACAAGGGAUUGUUUGCUGUGAAGGGUUGGAAUCGUUCUGUUUGCUGCCUCGCCGUCUUGAAAGCGGCUCACGAGCUCCCCGAGCUGUUGCAGGCUUUGGACAGUGCUGCGGCCUUUGCUUCAGCGUACUCGGUUGGACGGCUCGAAAGCCAAGCAGCUACCAAUCUCCUGAACAAUGUGGCACCCUGGGUCAGAGCGGAGCUCAAGGAAAUGGUGAGGCUGCAUGGGCAACCCAAAUUCUUGCUACAUGAUGGAAUUGCUGCAGGAAUUUUUAAUUCCAUCUACAACGGGGCUUCUGCUGGCUUUGUUCCUUGGGAUGCCGCGCUUCAGAACAACAAUGGGGUCUUAGGCCUACUGUUGAACCGCAUGAAGAAAGAUUUCGAAGGCCUCACACCGAAAAUGCGGAAACCAUGGGGCCAAAAGGAGCUGGAGCCUAGUUUCCACUUAGCUUAG